ACUUGGAAAGUAUCUCAACUUCUUUUAAAAUAAAUAAAUAAAUAAAUAAAUGGGAGGAUGAGCGUUAGCUACUCCGCACAAAAUCAAGAAUGCAGAUUCUUCAUACUCAAUCUCUACUUUCUUCUCUUAAACCCUUCAAUUUAAUUCCCUUUUCAAUUCACAAAUUCCCCAAAUUUGAUGUUGCAGAUUUGGGUAGUCAUGUUAUGAAGGCAAAUCAUGGUUUGAAAACCGACAAUCGCAGUGUGAUAUGCUCAGCUACUGAACAACCGAGCUUUGGUAAUGACGCGAAACGGAAAAGAAAAGUGGUUGAGCACGUGUGUCUGCUCAAAGGGAAGAAUGACUUAUCUGAAGAACAGGAGAAAGAUAUGCUGGAUUACCUUUAUACAACCCAAUAUCAAAUGCGUGGCGUUGUUUCCAUUUCAUUAGGACGCGUCUCUGGUGGGAAUGAUGACAAAUAUAGCCACGCUAUCUACAUGCGUUUUCAAAGAAAGGAAAAUCUGUUGAAGUUUUAUCAGAAUCAAUUUUAUGUGGAUGUCCUUAAGGACCAUGUUGUGCCUUACUGCCAUGAGAUUAUCAAUGCCGACUUUGAGUCCGAAGUAGAAGAUGACAUGCUAUCAAUAUUUCGAAAAGGGGAGGAGUUCAACUAUGGUAUGGAGCUUGUACUUCUCAUAACAUUUGGUAAGAGUUCUUUGGAUGGUCCUGCUGAAGAUGCUUUGGUCGCUUUGUCAAAGCUAACAAUGGAUUUCCCGUCCUUGAUCGUUCAGGCUACCAUCGGUGCAAAUUUUAACAUUUCCAGUGCAGAAUAUACUCAUGCUGUAGUAAUACGGUUUCGCUCUUCGGAGGCCUUCCAGAUGUUCAUGAACAGUUCAGAAUACAAUAAUAUGUGGAGAUCUAAAUUUCAGCCAAUUGUCCAAAAACAUCUUUCUGUUCAUUUUUCAAUUGAUCCAGUGGGCACAGAGCUUAUGUAGCAACAAUUUCAUCCCAUUGCUGGUUCACUUGGGCUACUUUGGCCUUAGUUACAUAUAAAGAAUUUAAACAUCUUAUUUUUUUUAUCGACCGACCAUGGUGGCUUUGGGAUGCCUCUAUUACAUCACAUUGAAAUGCCUCUUCCAAACAAUCAGCAGGUUAGCAUCUAAAUCACUAACAUUGUUUAAAUUUUGUUGUGUUCAGCUUUGCCUCAUCAACUACAUUAAUUAGUAAUUAUGUAGUAUCUUUUAUAACUUUAGCAUCAUUUUUCUGUGUUAACUGAACUGGAAUUAAUAUAAUCCAGUUAAUAAAUACACCGGAAUACAGCAUUUUUAGUUGUGUGACAUGCUAUGUACGUAAAGGAUAGCAUAAUUUAAUUGCAUAUAUGAUCUUGUGUCCAUUAGGCUCCCAUUUACUUACUUGAAGGUCUCGUGGGAAAGCAAAGUCAGUUGGUAUAUUCUGACAUUCUACUAAAGGCUUUUUCCAGAAUGUUGAAAAUAAAGCUCGUUGAAGACCCAUCCUUUCAGUUUUUAUCGAGGGGAACACUAUCAAAAAUAGAAGAAAUAAAGUCUUAACUGAAAUAGGUUUAAUUAAAACUAUGUAGCUGACUUUUGAUUUUGAGGAUCUAAUAACUGAUUUUUUUAGAUCAGUUUAGUAAUUUUGCCUUUUAUGUGUUUCUCAUGGCACACAUAUAGUUCUCAUACAAUAAGGGAGAAGUUAAAUCUUUCAACUUGGCAUACUAUUCGAAGAGGUGGUAAAACUUCAAUUGCCUCACGAUCAUCAUCAGUCACGGAAUUCACCUCGAAAUACUUCAAAUGAAAUGGUGGACUUGUUGGAGGACAUACUAAUAGAAUCUUCUUAUGUGGAUGUACGAAAGAACACAUUGUUUUUUAUUUGUAUCAUAAUGUAUCCGAUGGAUCUAAAAGCUAACUGGCUUCUCCACCAGUAAGGUUGUUAUUGCUUAAAAUAUUUAUUAACCAGGCUUAGGAUAGAAAAUAAGGAAGAAAAAUUUAGCUUAUUGUGGCUGCUUUUGAAUUUUGCUAGUUGACUUCUUUGCAUCAGCCAGUGUGUUUUGUUUUGAAUGGACAUACAUUAAUCAAAGUGAGGGAGCCAAUGUGAUUGAUUGGUUAUUCGUAAUAUUAGAAAUUUGUCUUUC